AUGGCGGAGGAGAACAGGCAGCUAGCUGCGCAGUACGGCCUCGACGCCAAGUGGGACGCUUGCCUGGACCUCUCGCUGCGCCGAUUCGUCUACUCCACGGCUGCCGGAGCAUUCGGGGGUCUCCUGCUCUUCCGUUAGUUCCUCUCCCUCCUCAAUCUACCUCCUGUCCGCCUUUCGAGAAUCUGAGCGUCGAUAUCAGCGACAUCAUCUAUAAUCCAUUCCCCCCUAUUUUGAUGUGGUUCUUCCCUUGGCAAGAACUGGAGUAUUAGGGUUCUACGAUCCUCUACCGAUCACGAGUUUGCGUCGUCUCUCUGCCGGCCGUCCCAUCCGAUUGCGAGGGCGUGCAAGUGUAAGCUUAGUACUCCGUGUGCUAUGCUGGAGCGCUAUCCUGUCGGAGCAAUGUUGUGGAGCUUCAUAUUAAUUUUUUUGUGGACAAUCUUGCCUGCUAUGCGCUCAUAUCGGGAACGAGUGCUGCAACUAGGUAUCUGGUUCUGGCUCUCCUGGGAUAUUGAUAGAAAAAUGAGAUCGAUGAAGAGGGAUGGUGGGACUUUUUACGAUGACUUGGCGAAGGUUCUGUGGAAGAAUGUGUGCUCAUAAAGCGAUUUCCCAAUCUGAGGAUAUCAUUUCCGUAAAAAGUGCUGGAUGGUGCAGUUGGCUUUGCUUUCUGCUGGGAAGGCUCUGUAGUGUUGAAGUGAGCUCCUUGGCAUCUAUUUUCCUUCAAAUUUUUGGGGAAUAUUAUGGUCAGCAUGGGUUUAUAUCAUCACUUAGCUGUGAUGAAGAAUUAUAGGUUCUUGGCUGUGAUGAACUAAGAGUGAGCGAUUCAACUUGGCUGUGAUGAAGAAUUAUAUGGCUUAGGUAGACUCAGGAAUGUGAGCUUGAUGUAGAUAUUUUUAAUGUAGCGUAAAAGUGAGAAUCAUAGGUUCUUUUUUACCCAUGAAAAGAAAGUUUGGUGUAUUAAAUGAAUAAUGGUGUAUGCAUCUGAACUCUAAUAAAGUUUCAUCACUGUUGGGAUUUUGUUCAAUUACCCUAGUGGACUUAGGACGGGCUUGGAUACCAGUACUCCACACUCGGGUAUGGCUUGGAAAAAUAGCUGUCCUUGGUUUCUCCAUCUUGUUAUACUAUUUUGA